CAUCACCUCCAAUUCAAUGUUAUUCAUCAUAUAACCAGAAACCUAACCGCUGAGGCUAUUCCAGUGUUAAUUUCACUAGCAGGAUGUGCUCUUCUUCACUGGCCUACUUUUUAAUCCUAGCAGUGUUCCUGAAUCAGGCUCUUAUUCAGGUAAGCUGCCUGGAAUUUAAUUUUUCAACAUUCGAGAAAGAAGAUGACAGGCAGCUUAUCUUGAGCAGGGAUUCUUACAUAGUCCGUGGAGCCAUCCAAGUUACCCCGGAUAUUAAUGGAGGUUCUAUGGAAAAUUUUUCAGGACGAGCCUUGUAUAAGAAACCAUUUAGGCUGGGGAAAGGCAAUGGCAACAUUGCUUCCUUUAAUACAACUUUCGUCCUCAAUAUCCUUAAUUCUGCGGAAAGCCUGGCUUUAUAAAUAUACGAGAAUUCUAGUCUUCCAGAGAACAGCGCAGGAAAAUGGCUUGGUAUUGUAAAUGCAAAUUCAAAUGGUUCUUCUCAAGCCAGGGUGGUGGCUGUGGAAUUUGACACAAGGAAGAGCUACGCUGACGACUUGGAUAACAAUCAUAUUGGCUUAAAUAUAAACAGCAUCAACUCAAUCACGCAAGUGUCUUUAACCAGCCACGGUGUUAAUAUUUCAGGAGGUUCGGAUUUAAGGGUACAUAUUCAAUAUGAUGGCAAAAACUUGACAGUUUUUGUGGGGGACAACAAGACUCUUGUGCUUUCUCAUCCUCUUGAUCUCUCUACCUAUCUUCCGCGCAAGGUUUUUGUUGGAUUCUCUGCUUCAACAAGCAAUGACACAGAGCUAAACUGUGUCAAAUCGUGGGCAUUUUCUGUUACAGAUAUUGAAGGAGAUCGAAAUUUGUUGUGGGUAUGGAUCGCAGUUUCCGUAGCGACUCUGACUCUGUUAAUCGGGGUAGCCAAUUACUUGUUCUGGAGGAGGUUAACUAUAGAGGAGGAUUUGGAGGGUGCACAAGGGAACAUAGAAGAUGAGAUUACACGUUCCAAUUUGGCUCCUCGCAAGUUCCGAUUGAAAGAACUUAAAAAAGCAACUGGCCACUUUAGCUCAAAGUACAAGCUUGGGAAAGGUGGAUUUGGAACAGUCUACAAGGGAUCCUGGAGAAACAAGGAGGUGGCUGUUAAAAGAGUGUCCCAGAAGUCACAUCAACGCAAGCAGGGAUUCAUAGCAGAAGUAACAACAAUUGGCAACCUUAAUCACAAAAAUCUUGUCAAGUUAAUUGGAUGGUGCUAUGAAAGGCGCGAGCUCCUUCUUGUGUACGAGUACAUGCCAAAUGGAAGCCUGGAUAAGUACAUCUUUUGCGAUGACAAGGCAAGCAUGGAGGAAUUAACACUGAACUGGGAGCAAAGGCUAACCAUAAUACAAGGAGUGGCACAAGCACUAGAGUAUCUCCACAAUGGUUGUCAGAAGAGAGUGCUUCACCGCGACAUAAAAUCCAGCAACAUAAUGUUGGAUUCAGAGUUCAACGCCAGGCUAGGAGAUUUUGGGUUGGCUAGAACCAUUCAAGAAAAAGAGAAGACACACCACUCGACAAUAGAGAUCGCUGGCACCCCUGGUUACAUGGCUCCAGAGACCUUUCUUAUUAGCAGGGCCACAGUUGAAACGGAUGUUUAUUCCUUUGGCAUUCUUGUCCUGGAAGUUGUUUGUGGGAGAAAGCCUGGAAACCAGUGUGAGAAGAACAAUUACAACAAUAGCAUUGUUAAUUGGCUAUGGGAUUACUAUAGGAAGGGAAAGAUCGCUGACACUGCAGAUUCCAGGAUGGAUGGGAACUUUAUUGAAAAAGAAGUGGAGUGUGUGCUCAUUCUGGGAUUAGCCUGUUGCCAUCCAAACCCACACUACAGGCCUUCUAUGAGAACUGUUUUGCAGGUUCUUUCAGGGGAAGCAGAUCCACCAGAGGUACCCCAAGAAAGGCCUUCAUUUGUGUGGCCAGCUAUGCCUCCUUCUUUCUGUCAAACGGAUUACUCUCUUACAGGAGGCCAAAUCACUUCAUUUACCGAGUUAACUGGUCGGUAAAAUCAUAAGCCAACCGCAAUCUGCCCAGGAAGUUAAACAAUGAUAAUCAUUCCAUCAUUGAUUCAUUGUGCUUUUUUCUCUGUCUGUUAGUAUGUAGCAGAUUGUGUGCUUGUACAUACUGUAAUUGUGCCAAUAUCUCUACUAUCUUUAUCAUUUGUUAUUCGUCAGACGCUCUGUGACGUCUGAUCAAGUAUUGAAUAUUGUGUUAGCAGUGUUAAUGAUUAUAUUUAUUUUCUACACAGUGUUAUCAGUAUAUAACAA